AUGUCGUUGAUCGACAAUAAUUAUCAUACAUCAUCAUAUUGUUCUCAAAUACUUCAUGAUGGAACAGAAACAAAGCGAAGAAGUAAAAGUAUAAUUGAUAAAACUCCUCAAAAACGUCGAACUGAAACAAAUAAAAUCAUUUAUACAUUAGCAAAUACUUUGCAACUAUCAGACGAAUGUAAACCACCAAUAAAUAAUAGAAAUAAUAAAAAUGACGUUCUUGGUCUUACAAUAACCAGAUUAAUUAAAGCAAAAUAUUUGGAUGGUGACCAAUAUUCAAAAAAUGUUGCGUUAAUUGAUGGAAUCAAAAUCGGUUCUGAGCAUAUACACGGUUUUGUUAUUGUACUACGCAGGGAUGGACGAGUUAUUACCUUCAGUGAUAAUGUGGAACAAUAUUUGGGAAAACCUGUGCGCACUUUAUAUACACAAUGCAUCAAUAUUUACGAUUGUCUCGAUAGUGUUGAUAGAAAAAAACUAAAAAAAAUAUUAUCAACAUCAACCAAUAUCGAAAGUGAAAAAACAUUAUUAUGCACAUGGCGUCUACCAAAAGGCAAACGUCCAUCGCGAGCACAUCUAGAUGAAAGGACAAUUUUGAUGAAUGGUCAUUUUUAUUCUGCUAAUCAAUUUGAUGAACCAUUAUUUAUAGCUCGUUGUGAGUGUGUAUUAUCAACAAAAACAAAUCUGUCAGCUGAUGUUCAUAUACUAAAAUUCACAUUGUUAGAAGAUUUAACAAUUCAACAAGUAACUUCAAAUGUAAGAGAUAUUCUAGGUUAUUCACCAUCAGAUAUGAUUAAUAAAUCUUUGACCAGAUUUAUUGUAUCUUCUGAUUUUAAUGAAUUAGAAUGUACACGAAUAAAAUGUGUUACACAACUACCUCACACAACAAUGUGUGUAAUGGAUGCCUAUACAAAAAAUGGUGAUCGUUUAAGCGUGCUGUGCAAUUGGAGAAUGACUUGUGAACGAAGAAAUAAAUUAAUAAAAAUAGUCAUAACAGCACAAAUCAUUGAGUAUGUAAUAAUAAUACGAAUUAUGGUCUCUCUUAUAUAUUGUGUAUAUUUACGAAUUAUAUUAGCUCUACCAUCCGUAAUGAAUAUAUUACUUAUGC